GUUUGGGUGGACUUAUAUUCGCCGUUGAUCCUCGUUCUCGUUGUCAUUCUUGUUGACUUGUGUGUGUUUCGUGUGCGUUUACAUCUGUUAGAAUUGUUGAAAAUGAAGGCUUACUGGUACGAUAACAAGCCGGGCGAUCAGCGCGAACCCCACGACGACGGUCGUCCCGUCGACGAAGCCUACCUCGCCUCCCUGGGUGUCUUCUACAAGUACUGCCCGAGCAUCGAGGACGUCGACGCCCUGGCAGCCGAGCGCGGAUACAAGAACCGCGAUGAGGUCACCGUGUCCCCCAAGACCAUGGGCGAUGUGUACGAGGAGAAGGUGAAGAUGUUCUUCCACGAACAUCUCCACGAGGGCGAGGAAAUCCGCUACAUCCGGGAUGGUGAGGGAUACUUUGAUGUCCGUGGCAAGGAGGACGAGUGGGUCCGCAUUAAGUUGGUGAAGGAUGAUCUGAUUAUUCUCCCCGCGGGUAUCUACCAUCGCUUUACGACGGAUGAGAAGAACUAUGUCAAGGCUAUGCGUCUCUUCCAGGAGGAACCCAAGUGGACUCCCUUGAACCGUAGCAACGAACUGGAUGAGAACCCGCACCGUGUGUCUUACCUCGGUAGUCUGGGUAAGGCUGCUGUUGCUGCUGUUUAAAUAAUCCUGGGGGUGGCAAUGUAAAGCUUGAUGUGAUGACUAUGUUAUAUACCAUGGCAAUGAAAUUUUAUGACAGCUAU